UUAACAAUGCUCCGACUAAGUCACUUGGUUCCCAAUAAAAAUGCAUUUGACUCCUUUUCUGUGCAGCUUUAUGUCUUGAUGGAUGUUAAGCAAAGCUCACAAACGUGACACUUCUGAUCUCUCUUUCAUCUCACGGUCACUAUGUCUGAACAAGCUCCCGUUGACCCCUCUGCCAGCUCCGCAUCCACCGAGCAGAGUUCCAGUGAACAGGAAAAGCAAAAAAAGGCCGGUCCAUCGUUUGAAAGGGGAUUCCGCUUCUGGAUGAUUAUCGCGACUCUCUGUGUGAUUGGGAUUCUGAGUGCCCUUGAGAACACGGUGGUGACCACCUCCCUGCCGCACAUCGUCACGGAACUGAACAUGGGUGGGAACUACAUCUGGGUGACGAAUGUGUUCUUUCUGACUAGCGCCGCGGUACAGCCUCUGUUUGGCCAGCUGGCCAAUAUCUUUGGCCGCCGAUGGAUCACCCUCGUGAUUGUCUCGCUGUUCACCCUCGGAAGCGGGAUCUGUGGUGGAGCUCACAAUGGCGCAAUGCUGAUUGCCGGCUGUGCCGUGCAGGGGAUGGGCAGUGGUGGGAUCAAUAUGAUCGUGGACGUGAUUGUAUCGGAUCUGGUGCCCUUGCGCGAGCGAGGAAACUACAUGGCUUUUGUCCUCCUGGUAUACUUCGUCGGGACGGCAUUGGGACUGUGGAUUGGAGGUGCUAUUGUUGACAAUUCGACCUGGCGAUGGAUCCGUCGCAUCAACUAUAUCGGAAACGCCAUUUUGAUCGCAACGACGGUCUCCGUGCUCUUCGCGCUCACCUACGGAGGGACCAAGUAUGACUGGUCAUUGUGGCACAUCCUUGUAUUCCUCAUUCUUGGCCUAGUAGGAUUGCUGAUCUUCGUCGCCUUGGAAAACUCUCCCUGGAUUUGUGAACCGGUGGUCCCACCUCGACUCUUUGGCAAUCGCACCUCAGCCACCGUGUUUGCAGCCACUUUCUUGAACUCUGCGCUGUUGUAUUGGGUGAUGUUCUUCCUGCCAGUCUACUUCCAAGCCGUCUUGGGUGCCUCUGCGGAGCGGUCUGGGGUACAGGUCCUCCCAAUCAUUGUCGUCGCUGUGCCCGCGGCCAUUGUCGCCGUCCUCCUCCUGGCCAAAUUUGGCCGCUAUAAGCCCCUCCACCUGAUUGGUUUUGCAGUCUGCACCAUUGGGCUGGGUCUCUUCACUUUGUUUGAUCGGAACAGCACCACUGCAGAAUGGGUCAUCUUCCAGAUGAUCGCCGGGGGUGGAUCCGGGUUUGUGCUCAACACCCUCCUGCCAGCGUGCCAGGCCGGGCUGGCCGAGUCCGACCAGGCGGCAGCCACCGCAGCCUGGUCGUUUGUUCGCAGCUUUGGGAACAUCUGGGGCGUGGCCAUUCCCGCCGCGAUCUUCAACAACCGGUUCGAGCAGCUGUCCGGUCGGAUCCCCGAUGCGCAGGUUCGCGAGCUGUUGUCACGCGGGAGGGCCUAUGAAUCGGCGUCGGCCAGCUUCAUCCAGUCGUUUUCUCCCGCGCUACGCGACGAUAUCGUCGGGGUGUACGCGGACGCGCUCAAGCGGGUGUGGCAAAUCUCGAUCGUUUUCUCUGGGGUAUCGUUCCUGCUCGUGUUCCUUGAGAAGGAGAUCAAGCUUCGGACAGAGCUCGAGACGGAGUAUGGGUUGGAGGAGAAGAAAGCGGAACAGGUAGAUGUGGAGCAAGCCAAGUAG